GGGGCCGCGGGUGCAGACGGCAGCGCCUCCGGCGGGAGGAGCGCGGCCCGGCGGGGCCGGUCCCGGCUAACCAUGCCCGGAGCGCUCGGGGCAGCGCGGCGCGCUCUGCCUCGUUAGCCCCGGGAGCCUGGGGGGGGGUCAGCCAUGAAUUCCUCUCCCCCCGGCCCCGGGGCUCCCCCCGGCCCGGUACAGCCGUGGCAGGAAGAGAAUCAGACCCAAGGCGGGCUCUGGAAUGGGAGCCAGGAGCUGGGCUGGGAAGAGCUGGAGAAGAUGCUCUUCGUCUUCGCCAAGGAGCCGGUCACCAUCAGCCUCACAGCAAUGUACCUCGUGUCCUUUGUGGUGGGCUUCGUAGGCAACGUCAUGUCCAUCAGGGUGCUCACUCGGAAGCGCCGGAGUCGGAUGUCUAGCCUGAGUGCCACCCGCAGCCUCCUCAUCAACCUGGCGGUGUGCGACCUCAUGGUGGUGUGCGUCUGCAUGCCCAUCACCGUGGGCAACCUCAUCUACAAAGCUUGGGUGUACGGGGACUUCCUCUGCCGGGCAGUGCCCUUCAUCCAGGCUGUUUCUGUCUCUGCCAGUGUCCUCAGCCUGACCGUCAUCAGCGUGAACCGGUACUACAGUGUGCACAACCCACUCAACGCCCGGUCUUUCUUCACCCAGAAAAGGAUCCUCAGCACCAUCCUGGUAGUGUGGUUGUUGUCUUCAGGGAUAUGCAUGCCCCUCAUCUUCAUGAACAAACGGGAUGAGAUUGGGGUGGUGGAAGGCUUGCCUCUGGUGUUUUCCAUCUGCAGGGAGAUUUGGCCCCAGGAGAGGCUCAAGCAAGCCUACAACUUUCUGCUGUUCUGUGCCCUCUACUGCCUGCCAGUCCUGUUCAACAUGGUCAUCUGCUUCCUCACGGUGCGCCGGCUGUGGAGCCGCAGCAGCCAGAUGAAGGAGAGCACUGCCCUGAACCGAUCUCUGCCAGCUUCCAGGCUGAAGAUCCGGAAGCAGGUAGCACAGAUGGUGGUGGCACUUGUCCUGCUGUUUGCAAUUUCCUGGCUGCCCGUCUACCUGAUGGACAUCUGGAUUGAUUUCAAUAUCCCCAAAUCUUUGCAGGAUGUGACUCCUUCUCCUUGGAUCCUGCAGCUCAGACCUUUUGCCCAGUGGCUUGGCCUCACCAAUUCCAGCCUCAACCCUAUAUGCUACUGCUUUGUUGGGAACCUCUACAGGUCAGCUAAGGAAAUGAAGAGCAAAUACCACCAAAGGAUGGUCUCUCUCUUUAACUUCUCUCUGUCUGAAGGGACAGCUCGUUCCUCAGUCCCAGCGCUUCUCUCUUACCAGAGUUCAACAAAGCCAGCAAGGAAAGGAUCCGCCACCACUCCCACCAUGGGCAGGAGAUGUCAGGGAGGUCAUGGCAGUAAGAACAAGCGCGAACAUCUGAAUUCCUGCCAGCAUCCACCUCUGAACACUGUUUCCAGUGAGAACACUUCCUUGUAAUUCUGCUCAGAGAGUGCACCUUGUACCCUCAUCUGCAUUUAACGACUUUUUAGAGGUCUUUCUAAACCAGAUAUUUUAAUGAUGGAAAAAAACCUCUCUUCUAAUCAUUCCCACCACCAGUUCAAAAAAGAAGAGACAGCAAAAGACGGACACGACAAGAGGAAGAAAAAGAUGACAUAUUUUAACUCAGAUCAAGUUUUAAGACAUUUUUACUGGGGACAACUAGAUGUGUACCCUGUUGACCUGUCAACAGUCACAGAAUUAGCUAGAUCAUCUUCUCAGUGAGUGGGCUCUCACUGCAGCUCCAUCUCUGGAUGCAGAGGUGCUUUUUGAAUACAGCAAUGAUGUGACUGCUCGCUGCUGCUCACCCCGUGCUGAUAAAGAGCAGCAAGAAGACGCAUUCUCUGCUCCAAAUCCAUCACUUGUAGUUACAAGCAGUGAAGAAAUGCUAGAAACAGCAUCAUAAAAUGUAAUAGUUGAGGAGAAUUUCACACAAUUUACCACUUGAGAUUUCAUUAUCUGAUCAUAUUGUUUUACUUCUCCAUGCAAAUAAAUUCUCCUGAAGUGAAGAGAUAGUUUCUGCAGUACUAAAGCAACCAUCGUCACUCCCCAUUUGGGAAUUCAGAGAGGAUAAAGUGGCCUCGGAGGUGACUUAGGAAAUGCAGUAGAAAAAUAUUCUCUGGGCAACAUCUCUCUUUCUUACAGCUAUGUUCCAGCAGAUGGAGUGGAAAGAACUGGGCAUCUAUUAACAUGAUUUGCACUUGAAAAACCAGCUCUUGUUCAGAUAUGUCUGUAUCAAACAAAGUCAAUGGCAUGUGAAAAUAAAAAUAGAAAGUGGUGUAUAGCUAAUAAAAUUAGAAUCAACAAAUGCAAUGCUAUUUGGGAAGGAGAGAAAGUGCUUGCUUUUCCCGAGGAUCAGAAGUAGGUUAAGACCUAUUUCUUCCAUCAUCUCCUUUAAAGAAGGCUUUGGUAAAUAAAUUCUGGGGUUUUAUUAUGUUAGCAUCGAAAGGCCCCACUACAGCUCGAGAAUUCUAUUGCACUGAGCACUGGAUCUGUGUUCAUAACAAAAAGAAACCUUUAUCCCAAAGAGCUCAAA